ACCCCGCCCCCGCCCAUCUCCAUGGUGACUCGGCCGCGCUUUACGGCGGGACACACAGGAGCGGCUCGCGGUCGGGCCCAUGGAGGAGCCGGGCUGGAGCACGGACGCCGGCGGGGCGGUGUAUCGCUCCCGGGACCCCGUGCGGAACCUGCGCAUCCGGGUUCACAUCCAGCGGGUCACUUCCACCAGCCUCCUCCUGCAGCAGCUCCAGCAGCCCGCCGGGCAGCAGGGGAAGGAGCUCAUCAGCUUGGCCACCUUCAGCUCCCACCCUGCUGCAAGUGGCAAUUGUCCUGAUGAUGAAGAAGAGGCAGUAAUUGGCUGGCAAGAAAAACUCUUCAGCCAGUUUGAGGUGGAUCUGUACCAACAUGAGUCAGCCUGUCAGACCCCCUUGGACAGGCAGUACCACCAUGAAAUCCUGAAGCUGGAGAAGUCAGGAGGCCGGAAGAAUUACCGCAUCUUCACCUACACAGACCAUGACCGAUUCACCAACCUGGAGGAGCGCUGUCAGAAAGUGACCAGCUCAGAGCAGGAGGUGCCAUCCUUCCUGGCAGAGAGGAUGGCCAAUUUAAGGAGAAGAAGACAGGACCGCAGACCAACGGCAGGAAGUGUUCUGAAGUCCCGCAUCAUCACCUGGAAGCCCUCAGAAGAAUUUAUUAAGAAUAACCACGUCAUCAACACCCCUGUUCAGACCAUGUAUAUCAUGGGAGACUUGGGACCAUAUGGGACGCUCGGCCACAGGGAGUAUGAACACGUUCUUUGCACAGUCAAGAUGGAUGGCAAUGGGGUGAUCACAGUGAAACCUGAUUUCACGAGCACUAAAGGUGCUUACAGGAUUGAGCUGGAUGGUGAGAAGCGGGAGCUGUGGAGGUACACCGUUGAGAAUGCCUCAGCCCAGGUGCAACGAGAGGAGGAGGAGCGGGAGCAACGCAUGUUCAGAGAUUUGUAUAGUCGGCACAAGGAAUAUCUCAACGGCCUUGUUGGCUCAGACUUUGAGAUGACUCUCCCUGGUGCACUUCGGCUGUUUGUGAAUGGAGAGAUAGUUUCAGCCCAGGGCUACGGGUAUGACCAUCUCUAUGUUCAUUUCUUCCUGGAGCUGCCCAGCCGUUGGUCGAGCCCAGCAUUCCAGCAGCUCUCUGGGGUGACGCAGACCUGUGCCACCAAGACCCUGGGCAGGGACAAUGUGGCAUACUUCUCCUACCCCUUUACUCUGGAGAUGUUUUUCACCCAAGAGGAUGAGUCAGAAGGCUCUCUCCCACUGUGGCCUGUGAUCUAUUUUGAGGUUCUCUCGCUGGAUUAUUGGCAGAGGUAUCGUGUUGAAGGUUAUGGCUCUGUGGUGCUGCCAGCAGCUCCAGGGUUCCACACCCUGACAGCCCCGACCUGGCGACCCACUGAGCUAGGGACGGUCUCUGAGCUGAGGAGGUUUUUCAUUGGUGGGUCCCCUGAACUGGAGGACAUGACCUACGUCAGGGUGCCAGGAAUCUUCAAGGGAGAGUGCCUGAGCCGCUUUGGUUUCCGCACAGAGACAACAGGGAGCGUCACGUUCCGGCUCCACUGCCUGCAGCAGUCCAGAGCCUUCCUGGAGUCCAGUGCCCUGAGGAAGCACAUGCAGAGUGUGCUGGACCGGCUCGGGGGCUUCAGCCAGCAGAACUCCCUCUACAGCGUCCUGGAGGCAUUCCAGAGGGCGCGGCGCCGGAUGCAGGAAGCACGUGAGAGCCUCCCUCAGGACCUGAUCAGCACCUCUGCCUCCACCGUGCAGCAGCCAUGAGCAUUGUGCUUCCAGCGGCUCCACUGGCACUGGGCCUGGCUGGGCACAGCAGCCUCUCUUCUAAAAGCACCUUGUGCAGCAAGAGUUUCAGCUCCAGCCCCUUUAGGCUUUGCAAGUGCCUCCCACUGCAGUUGUCAGCGUCUCUAGAAUGCCCAGCCCCCAUACUCUCGCAUCCCUACUGGCCCCAGUAAAGGGGCAUCUUCCCUUUGAGGUGAUGUCUGCCUCAGGAUCCCAUCUGGUGCUCCAAACUGGAGCCAGAGCCACUUCCCACCAAAAAGCUGGGUGUGCCCAGCACUGCCUGGGUCCCUGCAUGACAGGGUAACGAGUUGCUAGGCUGUCCCUGGUGCUGAUGUCCAAGCACUGUUUUAGAGCACUCCAUACAUGUUUGGUCCGAGGUAAAGCUCUGGAUUUCACUUGCUCACUGAGGGGUUCAGAGAGCCUCCCAAAGCCUGGGAGGGGCACUCAGGUCCUGGCUUUGGUAGCACCCUGUUUCCUCUGGGUAGUGCCUAAGAGAAGUUUCAUCUAUCACCAAAGAUAGACACAAGCAAGCCCCUCCCAUUCCUUUCCAGCAACCCCCAGGGUUUGGUACCAGCAAUCCCCUCCUUCCAGACCCAUAAGGUGGAAAGCUGGAGGCCCCUGUCCGUGAGUGCUGGGGUUACAGUAGGAGCACAGAUGCCCAGCCAAGGUGAGAGCAUGCAUGCAGAAUGCUGAUGGGCAGUGGCAUCCCUGCACUGUCAGAAUCAUGUCACACACCCUGCGAUCCUGCCUGCUGCACAUGUGCAGUGGGGGCUGUGCAAGAGAAAUGGAUGUUUGAUCAAAUUGCCAGGAAUUAAUUCUAGCCCAAAUGGUUCCGACCACUCUUCAGGAAUCCUUUUUCCUGACCACAUGGCACUUCUCUUUACCAGCAGCACUCAUUGCUGGCCACAGCUAGAGAUUUGUUGCCGAAGUCUAAAAGCCAUAGACAAUCGUUCCAUCACGCCUGCUAGGCAGGCUGUAAAACCAUCUGAGACUGGAUGUAGGAGCACUUGUUAUUUCUAUAGUGAUUGAGCAAGCAGCAAAUCUCUGGGCUAUAUUAGUAACUGACCUGAUAAGUUCUCUUUCCUACUGUGAGAAUGGGGAUGAUGUUGGAGAUCACGGGAUGGUGCCAUUGUAGAAGUUCUGCUUAACUGAAUGAGUAAGCAGGUAGGUCCUUGAGAAAUGCUAGUUGUUGGCAGCGAUACAGUUCUUUGUAUAAACCAGGUCUACUGCUACUAAAAUUGAUUCUCUCCA